CUUUGGUUAUGGCUGCAGUGGGGCUGUCAGACGCAGAACUGCGGGCGGAACUGCUGGCUCUGGGCUACCAGCCGGGGCCUAUCACUGAUUCCACCCGCAAGCUCUACGCCAAGAAGCUCACCCGCCUACGGGCUGAGGUGGCCGCUGGCCUGAGGAGCCGCGGUAGCCGGUCGCCCCUUCAGGGCUCGAGCAGCCCGGCGAGGCCCAAGCCGGCCGCCAGUGGCAGCCCCAAAGUAACUCCUCGGGCCCGCGUCCUGGUUAGGAGAGAGAGUGAGGAGGAUGAGGACGAGGAAGAAGAGGGCGGCGGGAGUUACCAGCUAUCUCGCAGGGACGCGGCGCCGGCCAGCAAAGCGUUAUCCCAGAGAACCCACUGGGGGAUAGAUAGCGGGGUGGCCUCCGGGAGGAGUCCGCUGACGGCGGGAGCGGGGAUAGUCCCCAGCAGCUCUUGGGCAGGAAGUGGCGGGUUAACCCCAACGAGGACCCGACUGGAGACGGGAGGUGGAUGGGCAUGUUCUUAUCCGAGAGACACCCCAGACAGGCUCACUUCCAGCAGCCAGUAUGGGACAGCCUCGACAGGAGGAGGCGUGGGGCUAAGUUCUAGCAAGUGGUGGGAGAGGGAGCAGGGCACCACCUCCAGCGCCCCUUGGGAAUCAAUCCGGGGAGGAAGCAGCAUAGGCUUUAGUAAUAGGACCCAUUUAGAGACAGAAAGGAAGAUAACUCCCAACUCCUAUUUGAGAUCAGGCAGGGAGGGGUUAAGUUAUAGGACCCCCGCGACGACAACAGAGAAAGAAGUGGCGUUAUCUUCCAGAAGCUCCAAAGCCCAGUGGAGUACAGGGGGAGAAUUAAGCCCAAGUGCUGGUAGGGAUGGGACAUGUCAAGGUGUAAGUUUGAGACCCAAAAUUCAGGGCACAGGAAGAAAGGACAGGGGGCUGGAAUUUUAUCUCUCCUGGUUCUUGUGGCUGGCAACCCUAGGGCUGUUGAUAAUUUUCUUGGGCAUCCUUUGGGUGAAGAUGAUGGGACCUGCCCGACUGCAAGGGGCUGAGGAGGACAUGAAGCUGUUGUCCAUGGACUGUUCAGAAAGGACAAAUAAUUACUGUCAAGCAAAACAGGAAGAAAUAGUAAUGAACAUACUAUAUGAGUUAUAUAAUUAUCUUGCAAUACAGGCUGGCAAAUUUGAGUGUGGAAAUGCUGAGAAUCUAGAAAGUAAAUGCAUUCAGGUCAGAGAAGCAAGAGAUUAUAUAGAGAAUGUGACUGGCAGCUCUGCAGAAGAGUUUAGGGGUGCCUUGCAGUGGUUACUUGACAAUCACAAGGAUUCUGGUAUAUGGUUACAAGGUGAUGAUCCUUCAGAAGAAGUUAUUACUGUGGACCAGGUGGUUUGUCUUGAGUCUACCCGUCCUCGAAUGAGUUUAGGAUGCCGUUUCCACCGAGCACUAAGCACAGCUAUUACAAACCUAUUUAUAUUUUUUUGGAGUUUAGCUUUCCUUUGGGGGAUUUUGAUUCUCCUGAAGUAUUACUGGCGGAAAAGAGAAGAGGAAGAGCGGGCCAUGUAUAAAAUGGUGCAGAAAAUCAUAGGUGCCGUCCAGAGUCACUACAAAGAGUGGGAACAGAAUCUGGAACGGUACCCCUAUGUAGGCAUCCUGCACAUCAGAGACACACUCAUCCCACCACAGGACAGGAAAAUUAUGAAGCGCAUUUGGGACCAAGCAGUGGAUUUCAUAGCUUCCAAUGAGUCACGGAUUCAGACAGAAUCGCACAGAGUAGCAGGAGAGGAUAUGCUGGUGUGGCGUUGGACACAGCCUUCUUACCUCUCUGAUUCAGAGCGCUAGUCCUGCGCAAAGGCCAAGCCAACGUUACAACACUGUGCAAGGUGAUGUGCCCCCUUUCUAGGUUGGGAAGGUGCUGCCUCUACUCAGGUGUGCUCUUUGACACCAUUGUUCACGUAUAUGAAAAGAAAAAAUGACUGUUCAAGGCAAUCCCUGGUUAUAGCCCUCUGAAAAGGAAAUUGUCCAGUUGGAUGAUGCCAUAGAUAGUUUUACCCUUUAAAAAAAACUGUAUCUGACUUGCCACUUGGAUCAUCAGUGCUAAAACUGUUACAAGAUACUGUAAAGAGAAGUAGCUACUGUUUAUUACAGAACGCCAUAGGUGGAAAGUGAGAUGUGUAAGAUGCUUGCCAGUAGGUCCAGAAUUGCUUCUUGGCUUAUAGGGUGAUGGGUGGGACUGAGAGGAUAUGUUCCAUGUGCCUUUAGAGACAGGUUGGGGAAGUGCAAGGGGCUUGAAGCAGUCCUGCAGUCUUUGUGCUUUUUUCCCCUUAGGAGGUGGUAGAAUAAUGUCAGCUGAUAGAACACAGCUGAACACAUGCUUGUAAAAAUAGUAGAAAGCCUACAGUAAAAAGACUUGAAAAAUAGCUUAUGGGAGAACUCCUGAAAGCAACAGCCAUAAUUUGUAUCACAUCCAGUCCACAUCUGUUACUCUAUAGAACAAAUGAGAGGGGGGAGGGCUGCAGUGUCAAGUACGAAAAUGUCAUAGAUAUCAAGAGUUUGGACAGCACUGCAAUGAGUGGAAUGCUGCUGUCUGGCAAUACAGUAACCUGUUGACUACCCCAAUCAGUCAAGUUUGUCCAUUUAUUUUAAGAAAAAAAUAUAUUGCACCAGAAUGCCAUGCAUCAAAAAAUCUGUCAUUCAAAUACAUGCCAUUCCAGAACUGACUCUGGGCUUGUACCUGCCCAAGGUAAAUAUAGCCUUCUGUAAAGUGGAUUUUGUAGGCAUAGUAUAUAUGAAUUCAUAAUAACGUGCACAUAUGAGCCUCUGGAUACAAAUUGGGUUGAGGCUUUAUGCUGUCUUUCACAAGACUUGGGCUUUGAACAGGCAUAUUAAUUUAUUUACAAACAGAAGUGGUCUAAACUUGAAGUUUGACCUUCUGCUCCCCCUGCUGCCUAUACUGAAAAAUAGAAGGAUUGGAGUUUUCACCUCAGUGUCCUUCGAGACUGCCUCAGCAGCAUGCAGCAAUUCAUUAUAUGCCUCCCGCUGAUUCAUCAAGAAAAAUUGGUACAAAGAAAAGCAUCCUCCAAAAACAAAGCACCAGGAGGUCUUAUUGGUUAAGUAGAAGAAAAUCCUGUAUUCAAUUGAAUUUUAUCCCCACAUGUUGCCAUCUGUAGAGUAGGUGGUAUAUUAAAAGAAGAGAUUUUAACAGAUGUCUCCAUAGCGUUAGCCAUCUUUUUACACAUACUCUCCUUAUUGAUUAAAGCGGAUAAUCAAAUGAAGGAAAGCCCUUGUGGUUAAUGUGUUCUGAAUUUCUGCUGAUGUUUGAAAAAAUUUCCAUAGUGCCUGCAUUCUUAGGGCUUUAAAACAUUUGUGAGUAUUUUUUACCAUCUGACUCAAGAGGGGAUGCCAAACAUGACUAUUUUGUACAGUUGUUUAAACUGUUCGUUGAUUUUUUUUCAUGUAGAUGGGCUGGUGCUAUUUAUUAUACGCUUGUCUCUGUACAUUUAUCUUGCAAAAUAAAGAUUUGUUACAAACUGGA